AAAUUUUGCUUUCUUUUCUUUCUGCCCAUUAAACAAUGAAAAUGCCAUAUUACCAAUCAUCCUUUCCCCUCUAUAGGAAACACCCAUCAUUGCUCCCAAUAAUCCUUUUCUAUUUAAACAAUCUUCUUCUUCCUUCUUUUUUCCAAUUUUCUCCUCCUCAAUUCAAUUCUUCAUCAUGGAUAUCAAUGGCUUCUACUCCUUUCUCAACCGAGGCAUUGAUGAUCUUGAAAGGCUUUACCUUUCCACCUCCAAUUUCAUGUCCAUCCAAUUCCUUCAAAGGGUCCUCUCCCUUCUCCGAUCUUUCCACUCCCACCUGCUCCUCCUUGUGCAGAGGCUCCACUUGCCCGUCGGCGACAAGUGGCUUGACGAGUACAUGGACGAGAGUUCUAGGCUCUGGGAGGCCUGUCAUGUUCUAAAAUCGGGUGUUUCUGGCAUGGAAAAUUACCACUCUGCUGGAUUUAACCUCACUUCUUCACUUGACAAUCACCCCCUUCUGAAUCCCCACCUCUCCCGCCAGGUUAUUCGGGCGAUUUCGGGUUGCCAGAGGGAAGCCGUGGGACUAGAGGAAGAAAACAGGGCAUUGAUGGAGACCAGAAUCCAGCCGCUGUCGUUGCGGUUUGAAGACAAGGUGUCUGUUGACUCGAAGCUUAAUGGGUUCAAUGGGUUCAGAGGCGUUCUGUACGCGAUGAGGAAUGUGAGCUCGGUGCUUCUGAUGAUGUUGCUUUAUGGGUUGGUGUACAGUUGGCCGGAAUCAAGUUUGGGGUACGAGGGGACAGGGUGCUUGUUCUUUGGAUCAGCGUUGAUGGUGUCGACGGCGAGACUGCAGCAGAGGGUGGCAGCAGAGAUCAACGAGAUGGGGAGGAGUGGAACAUUGGUAUUCGAGUUCAGGAGGUCCAAGGUUGUAAUGGAGGAGCUGAAAGGGGAGGUGGAAGGGAGGGGAGGGGCUCUGGAGUGGGAGUGGGAGACACAAGUGGGGAUUAGGGAGAGAGUUGACAACUUGAAGGGGUGUUUAGGGCUGCUGAGGUCUGGAACUGACAACAUCGUAGCCCAACUUGAUGAUUUCUUUGAUGAGAUUGUUGAGGGUAGGAAGAAGCUUUUGGAAUUGUGCACUCAUAGGUAGACUUUCUUCUUUUUUUUUUUAAUAAUAAAAUGGUAUUUUUCUCUUUGUAUUAAAUGAAGUUUGAGUUUUUAAUUUUUAACUUUUUAACCUAAUCAAAUUGAUUAAUUCUA